AUGACAGACAGACGUGGAUGCGAUCUCCGAAACACCUUCCUCGACCCCAAUUGCGAGGGUGUUUGCCAGACCGACUUUAUAUUCAACUCCAAGGGUGAAGCAGUCUGCGAAAAAGACCUCGAGUUUUCUCCCAUUGGAUGCACCAAUUAUACAGUUGCCACCAAACAAGAUUGUUUGGCCAUCGGAUCGAAAUGGCGUUGGUACAAACUAUCACUCAACAAAACAAACUGUGAAAACACACUUAAAGUAUGCUAUGACAAUGCUGGUGCAUCCACCUCUUACAAAAACCAAACCGAGUGUCUAGAAUGCAACGGCGAAUAUAAAAGUCCAUUCACUUGGAAGGAGAGUUAUUGGGUUCUAGGAGAAGAUUUCUACAAUACUCAAUGGCUAUCAAAUUCUGGUUGGGGUCAAUUAAAUCAAUGGAAUCAUUCAAUCAAUACUAAUAUCAUUGAAAAAGAUGUUAGAAAUAUUAUGGUUACUAAAUUUGCUCCUGCUGCUCAAUCUGAUUUAUUAUGUAAUGUUAUGCCAUAUGUUUAUUCAUUUAAAUCAUUGGCAUGUGAUUGUUCAGGAGAUCCAAAUACACCAGUCAAUUGUUAUAAUAAUGGAACACAAUCAUAUUUGAUUGGAACUGCCAAAGUUUGUAAUGGAUGGCAAGAGAUUUUGGUGAGUGGUCCAUUACAACUGACUGUCUACAAGAACAGCGUGCCUGUUAAUUUGGGGUGUAUUGGCAUACAAGCAUCUAUCUUACCUUCACCACAAUUCUACAGACAAGAGAUUCUAUCGACAGAUGUACUCUCCAAUUCGAUCCAGCGAUACAUGCCUUACGACAUUGUAGUCAAUAACCAUAGUGUGAUUGUCGGACAGUUGAUUGGUGACGGUAUUCAAUUAGACUUUACAUACAAUGUUGGAGGAGGAUUAGGUGGUGAGUUGUCUGAAUAUUCAGGUCAACUAGAAUCACCUGCUCAGAUUUGUAUUGACGCUCGAUCUGAUAUUGACAAGCAUUUCCCAGUCUACGACUUGGCUGCUUUAAAGGGUGGCAAGUGGGUACCCCUCAACGCAAAUGUCAUUGUCUCAUUCAACGAUGUGUCUGCGGGACGUAUAUGUGCCAACGUGUCGUAUGGGUUGGCGUACUUCCCAAUCCUGCGUAUCGAUGGAUGGGAGGACGCUGUUCCCAAACCACUCUUUACCAAGGUGCAAGAGGCAUUUAUCUAUCUCAUAGGUAUCGUCUUUAUCCUCACUGCAUGUUACUGUGCCUAUUCUCUCUUUGUCCAGGUGUGGGCGGGUCACCGAAAGACCGGUACCGUCAAGAUCACCCUACCAAGACUGCUCAACGCUCUCCUCUUCCUCUUUUGCAUGGUGCGUGGUUUGUACCUUGUCUUGACACCGUCCGAGAGUAUCUCUGCCGAAAAGAACCUUGGAGGGUUUUACUUUUUGUCCGAGUUCCCCAUUUAUGUCUUUUUGUCGCUCUUUUCAUCACUCGUCUUUUACUGGGCCGAUCUAAUGCACAAUGCCAAGCACGGCAAGUUCCUCGAGCGCAUGCGGUGGCCAUUCAUCAUCGUCAACACACUCAUGUACAUCAUGUUUGUCGUCGUCAUCUCGGUCUAUCGUCGUCUCGAUGCCGACGAGCAGUACGACAUGAAGAUCGUCUACUCUACCAUCCUCUCGGCACUCUGCGCCAUCUUUAUCAUUGGUUUCUGGCUCUAUGGUGGUAAAUUGAUCAUUAUCCAAAUCCAAGUAUUAAGAAUUAAAAAUCAAUCUUUAAAUCGUAACCUACGUAAUACAUGA